AUGGCCGCGCACGAGCCCUUCCUGAAUCCCACGCCCCUCGCUGGCGCCCCGCAACCGCCGACCUCCCGCCCUCGGCCUCACGGGUGGCCGCCCCACUUCCGCCUCGGCCCUUGGGCUCCGCGGAACCCGAGCGCAGCCACCGGACUUGCAGGGCCCGCCGCACUGAAACUACAACUCCCGGCAAGCAGUGCGCGAGCGUGCAGGCGCGCUGCGGAGCGAUGGGCGGUGCCGCGGGCUGCGCGGGAAAGAGGCGGAGCGUGCGCAAGUGCGAGGGGUGGUGUUGGCAUCGCGCGUGCGCGCGACGACGCCUCGAAGUGUGAGGGAAAGCUGUGGAGUGUUUGCGGGUGUGAGAUUUCUCUAGGGAGGGAUAAAAUGAGUAAGAGGAAGAAGCUUCGGACCUCAGGAGGGGAAGGAAUCCGUCCUCCAAAACUUCCAAAGAACCCAAGGUUAGGAGACUCUGACAGGGACCCCCAGAGUUCCAAGUUGGGCCAUUGGCAUCACCCUGAAGAGAGAGAAAGCAGAUCAGGACCCGCUCCCUCUGCAGAGCAGAGCCCGGAGGCACCAGGACAGGCAGCUUCCAGCUCUCCUUAUGAGGAAGUAGGAGCUCCCUCCAGGCUCCUCGGGCAGCCAGAAAAAGAGCCAGUUCGCCUUCCUCCUUCCCAGAACUCAGUCGGGAGGUUUGUCCCCCAGUUUACAAAACCCAGGAAGACAGUGACAGGACGAGCAGAGAGGAGGGAAGAGGACCCCAGGAGUGGGGCCUUCAGCUUGGAAACGCUGCCAGAACCCAGUGCCCAGCAGGCCAGAAGCCAGCCUCUAGAGGAGUCUCCAGGGCUUGCCCUCCAGGAGACCAGGGACCCAGGAGACCAGACCCAGGCAGACAGCGCCUGCCCCGAGCCCAGCGGCCAAAUCCCUGUGACGCCUGUGCCUGGCGAUGGGGAUCCUCAGCCCUUGGCCUCCAGCAUUGCCUCUCUGGAGUGGGGGACAGUGCCCUCGGCCUCAGAGAGGGCCAGCCAGGACCACCUGUCAAAGCAUGGGACCAACGUGCCAGAUGGUGGAAGCACGGAGGAGGGUUGGCUUCCAGGUGAUCAUGGCCAGAAAGGGCACCUGCCAGGCAGUGAUGCUGAAGAGGAGCCAGACCAAGGAGCCCCUCAGGAGGGAGGUGCCCGAGGGGAAGCAGGAGCUGAGCUGCCUGAGGAGUGCCAGGAGGAAGAAGAUGGCAUCCUGGGCCCAGAGCCCAGAUCUGCAGCCCAGGGCCCAUCUGGGCCUCUGCAGACGCCCAGCUGGACUGGCGAGGGAGCAGAGGGGAGCUAUAGCAGCCCAAGGUGCUCCCGCCUUGGGGCUGUUGUCAUCGCAGGUGUGAGCACAGACGCCACGGAGCCAGAACAGAGGGCUCUGGGGGUGGCUGGGCCAGACGGGACAGUCAACGCCAGGGUGACUGCCUCUCCCAGUGGGAAGGCUCCUGAUGGAGGCCACAGCAGGGCCCUGCUCGGGUGCAUGCCUGUCAAUGGGGAGACCACAGGAGGCAGAGAGGAGGCAAGGCGGGAAGACAAGCCCCCUGAUGAUGUCCCGGGGGGCCUUGCAGCCUCCCUGGCUCCGGCUCACGAGAUCCAAGAGCCCACAAUAGGUGCUGGGGAUUCCAGCCCUUUAGCCUUGCAAAUGGGUCCAGGUGUGGGUCAGACACAGGUACCAGGCCCGGAUCAAGAAGGGCUGGGAGGUAUGUGCUUGCUGCCUUUGCUAUCACAACUUGUGGCUAAAAAGGCAGCUGAGUUAGGGAGCCAGAGCCACGAACAAGACCUCAAGGGGCGCAGUUUGUCCCUCGGAGCCUGUGCUCCACCAGCGUACAGAGAAGCAGUGGACGGCCCUCCCCAGGAUGCUGGGGCACGUCAGAGCAGCCCAGAGGCCCACACAAGCCCGGCAGGCCAGCCUGAGCACCCUGCUGACUCUUCAGAGCAGGCUGUCUGGGAGGGGUCCUCAGCCAUGGAACUCUACUUCCUGCCGGACAGCCAGACACAGGAUGCCCUGGAAGCCCCUGGUUUUGAAGCCCCACCUGAACAGUUGUCUCCUGCAGGGAGCGGGCUGGACCCUUGCUGGCCUGGCACCAGCCCACGUGCCGAUGGAGGCUUCCUUGCUGAGGCCCAGCCAAGGACCCGAAUGGGGAUCAAGACCUGCGAAGCCGCCAGGAUGGAGGAUGCAACAGACACCGUGCGAGGCCUCGUCAUCGAGCUCUCCAACCUGAACCGGCUGAUCAUGAGCGCCCACCGGGACCUGGAGGCCUUCAAGCGCCUCAACUACUACCAGAAAGCAAAGCCAGCAGGGAAGGCCCCUGCAGCCUACACACCAAAGGGGGCUGGGAAUCUCCCUCGAGGGGAGCAGUCCUGGAGGGACUCGUAGGUGUGUGUGCUGGUACAAGCUCACCAGCCCCCAGCAGUGCCUGAUGUUCCUGCCAGACAGCUGGAAACAAUCCCUCAGCAGACUCCGGAAAGCCUGCUGGCCCCUGUGUGCCCCCUGUUAUUUUGUUACCAUCCGAGAUGCUCCAGCAAGUCCUGGUGGGCCCCAGAAACCUCCCCUCAGCUGACCUGGAAGUCAACUUCCUAUGGGAAACAGAAAAGGCCCUGCCGUCCUCAGCAGCCUCCCUCAGGGGGUCGCGUGGGGGAGGGAACCUGCUUCUCCCGGUGGCAGAGGCCUGGAAGCUGGAGGCAGAGAGGGGGGCUGGGGCCCCAGGAAGCUGUGGGGGGGGGGCCCUGCAGAGCUGCCCAGAUGUUUAUCUGGGUUUGCAAAUUUCAGCUCCUUAGCGGAGGUUAUAGAAGGUUCAGAAUUUGUUUCUUUCCUGGAGGGGAAAAGGGCUAGCUUUGUUGGUUGUACCCUUGUUUUUCUCCAGAUUUCCAUUUUAUUUCUUUUGGGAAGCCCAUUAAUAAAUGAUUCCCUAGCCAGACCUCAGACCUCCUGACCUGUUGUUUGGGGUUUUCAGUUCCUUGAUAUCUUGCCCACAAACCUCCCUUAACCAUCUCUUUCUCCUCUGACUUCUACUUUUCCUCUUCCCUGGGAAGACAAGUUCGGCUACUGUUGGAUCCAGGGGUCCCCCAUGCAGUACUGAGUGUGUCGGACUCAGGAGCAGGUGGCUGUGUGCACGAAUCCAAGUACACAGAGUAUCUUGACUGAUUGUCCAGCUGGAGUUUGCGAGUCUGUAUUCAGUGCUGAGAUGGCUUCGCCUGUCCUCCGUGGGACAAGCUGCUUGGAGGCCUUGGCCCGGAAGGAGGCAACCCUGGGGGAACGUUACUGAUGCAGACACAGCUACUGCCUGGAGGGUGGUGAGGGCAGGCAUUGCACACGCCACCCCGCCAAACCAUACCACAGCCCCAGUGAUGUCACACUGUCAUAAGC